AUGGCGACUAUCGCUUCGUCGCGGGUAGACGAACUCGUACAAACUGUUACCCUCCAUAAUCCGCGGAAAUUGCUGUUCACGGGCUACGUCCUACCAUCUGUGGUACUCCACGCAGUGUGGAUUUACAUUUGGAUAUUCAUUUAUGGAAUUGACAAAUAUUAUGACGCGGGUUUAGUGGGUUUCGCCGCGAUCGGCGUGCUACAAAUUUUCAUAUGUUUGUGUUGCCAGUGGUCGGUUCACAUUCACACUUUCCUCAAUUGUAGCUCGGAGAAAGAUCCGUACAAGGCAAAAAUAGCGAAAGUAGUUCCUACACCUAACAAUGGAAGCUCAGACCUUGUCAAACUGAAUCAUAGCGACCAACAGGAACCGUGGUUUAUAUUUCAGAAGACUAAAUAUUAUUGGAACUCAGAUAAGAGAUGUUUCGAGGGCCUCCAAUUCCCAAUUAAUCACUCUGUUAAACAUUACAGCGAGUGGAAAGGGUACUUAGAUGAAAAAGACAUUGCAGCAGCGAAGGAAAAAUAUGGGAUAAAUAAAUUGGAUAUGUUAGUGCCGGAAUUUAGAGAAUUGUUUAAGGAGAGAGCAAUCGCACCAUUCUUUGUUUUUCAAUUAUUUUGCGUAGCGUUAUGGUGCCUGGAUAAAUAUUGGUACUACAGUAUCUUUACACUUGUUAUGCUCGUUAUGUUCGAGUGCACUCUUGUGCAGCAGCAACUCAGGAAUAUGGCUGAGAUUAGGAAGAUGGGAAACAAGCCAUACACGAUGAUGGUGUACAGGAAUAGAAGAUGGCAUUCCAUGUUCACUGAUCAAUUAGUUCCUGGUGAUAUUGUAUCUAUAACGAGAUCUCAGAACGAUAAUCUAGUGCCAUGCGAUAUGUUACUUUUAAGAGGACCUUGCGUAGUUGACGAGAGUAUGCUAACAGGAGAGUCAGUUCCUCAAAUGAAAGAACCCAUAGAAGACAUCGACGGAAACAGACAACUGGAGAUAGAAGGCGAUGACAAGUUUCAUGUCCUCUUUGGAGGUACAAAAGUCGUGCAACACACGCCCCCUAGUAAAAGUGUAUCUGGCCUUAAAGCACCUGAUAAUGGCUGCGUGGCCUACGUUUUACGUACUGGAUUUUCAACGUCACAGGGUAAACUUUUGAGAACAAUAUUAUUCGGAGUUAAACGUGUUACUGCUAACAACUUGGAGACGUUUGGCUUUAUUCUAUUUUUACUAGUCUUUGCGAUUGCUGCAGCAGCAUACGUAUGGAUCAAAGGAAGCGAGGAUCCUACAAGAAAUAGAUACAGGUUGUUCUUGGAAUGUACACUCAUUCUAACAUCGGUCGUUCCUCCGGAAUUGCCUAUUGAGUUAUCAUUGGCUGUUAACACUUCGUUACUGGCCUUAUCGAAACUAGGUGUAUUUUGCACUGAACCCUUUAGAAUUCCUUUUGCUGGGAAGGUUGAAAUAUGUUGCUUUGAUAAAACUGGUACUUUGACUAGUGAUAAUUUAGUCGUCGAGGGUAUAGCCGGGAUUGAAGGAAAACCGGAUGUUAUGCACCUUUCUGAUGCGCCUAUAGAAAGUAUUCAAGUACUCGCAACAUGCCAUUCUCUUGUACAACUAGACGAAGGAAUUGUAGGAGACCCUCUUGAAAAAGCUACAUUAAAGGCUAUUAAAUGGAAUCUAACAAAAAAUGAAUCUAUGAUACCUAAAAAAGGACAGUCGCCGGUGUUAAGAAUUGUACAAAGGCAUCAAUUUUCUUCCGCAUUAAAACGAAUGUCAGUUGUGGCGUCAUACACAACGCCGGGAUCGUCGGAAAUUCAUUACAUGACGACCGUAAAAGGUGCUCCUGAAGUUAUUAAAGACAUGUUGUCAUCUGUACCAGAGAAUUAUGAAUCGACGUACUUGUCAUUUUCUCGGCGCGGAGCAAGAGUACUUGCUUUAGGAUAUCGAAAACUUUCUGGUCCCCUAUCAUCGCAGGAUUUAAGAGAGCUAACGCGAGAAGACUUAGAGAAAAAUCUGACUUUCGCUGGAUUUGUAAUUAUAAGUUGUCCGCUUAAACCUGAUUCUAAGGCUGUUAUUAAGGAAAUCGUGAACGCUUCGCACUCGGUUGUUAUGAUCACUGGUGACAAUCCUUUAACGGCAUGUCACGUCAGUCGUGAAUUACAUUUCACAAAGAAGCCAGUUACUCUUAUAUUGACAGCUUGUAACGGAGAAUGGUUGUGGGAGAGCGUAGAUAAAAAGGCCUCUAUACCUUUGAAAAAGAAAGAUUCUCCGAGUGAUGAAAUUUGGCGAGAGUAUGCCCUCUGCGUAACAGGAGAGGGCUUAGUAUAUUUGAAAGAUAACGAACGAGACUUACUUCGUAAAUUAUUACCGCACAUUGUAGUCUUUGCGCGCUGUGAACCGAAACAAAAAGAAUUUAUUAUUGUCUCAUUACAAAGUCUAGGAUACACGACUUUAAUGUGCGGAGAUGGUACUAAUGACGUCGGUGCUUUGAAACAUGCUCAAGUGGGCGUUGCCAUUCUCUCGGGCAUACCUGAAAGAGUAUCGGCAGAAAAACAAGAUAAUGCGAAAGAUGAACAUGCGAUCUCCAAUUCAACAGUAUCAAACGGGCCAAGGAAUAACCCACGAGCCAAUGCUAAUACCAGAGCAAGGAUACAGAAGAUACUGAAAGAACUCGAACAACAAUCAAUCGUAGUUAAGUUAGGCGAUGCUUCGAUUGCUGCGCCUUUUACUAGUAAAAUGUCAUCAAUUCAAUGCAUAUGCCACGUUAUUAAGCAAGGUCGAUGCACUCUGGUCACUACCUUGCAGAUGUUCAAAAUAUUGGCUUUAAAUGCAUUAGGACUCGCGUACAGCCAGUCUGUCCUUUAUUUAGAUGGAAUAAGGUUCAGUGAUGUACAAGCUACCUUACAGGGUGUCCUUUUGGCCAUUUGCUUUUUAUUUAUAUCAAGAUCAAAACCAUUGAAAACGUUAUCUAAACAGAGACCUCUCCCGAAUAUUUUUAACUUAUAUACUAUAGUUACUGUAUUACUUCAAUUUGCUGUGCACUUCUUUUCUCUUGUAUAUUUAGUGAAAGAAGCUACUUUAUUAUCUCCAAAGAACGACAAGUUAGCAAUGAUACUGCAUCAAACCAAUUUAUCGAAUGCAAGCAUGGCUACUAACACAAGUUUCACUGACGAAGAAGAGCCCUUUGAACCAAAUUUAUUAAAUAGUACAGUUUAUAUUAUUGCGAUGGCUAUUCAAAUUUAUACUUUUGCUAUUAACUAUCGGGGUCAUCCAUAUAUGGAAAGUUUAUUGCAAAAUCGAUCUUUAUUAUACAGCCUUCUGCUCAAUGCUGCAAUUAUAUUGGGAUUAGCUUGUGGAUUUUUGCCUGAAUUAGCUGUUCAAUUUCAAAUUGUAGAUUUUCCUAGUGACUUCCGUACCCUUUUAGUUCAAAUAUUAAUUGCAGACUUCGUCGUUGCAUAUAUAGUCGACAGAGUCUGUUUGUGGCUUUUCGGUGAAGGAAGACAUGAAAAACUGUGAUUAGUACACAAUUAUUCUGCUCCACUUCUAAUUUCAAGAGGGAGCCUAAAUUUAAAUAUGCAAUUUAAUUUUCUUGUUACACAAAGAACAAAUUUCUUUUGUUACUUAGUUACGUAUGCACGGAUCACAUCACGAUCUUUGCAUAUGAAUACUUUUGAAAGAUUGACCAAUAUUCAAUUGCGAAGAUAUUUCUUAAAGAUUCUUAAAUUCUUUAUUAUUCUACAUUAACUUGAUUGUUCGUAAGAAAUUAGUGAUGAUGCUUUGUGGAACGAGAAAAUUUGAAGAUAUAUAUAUAUAUAAUACACACGUGUAUGCGUAUGAGUGUGUGGUAUGUAUGUUUUAACGAUUGUAAGUAUUACCAUAAAAAAUGAGUAUGUAAUGCGAGUGUCUACAUACGAUAAGUGAAUAAUACAUAAUGUCGUAAUAUAUAUUGUUGUUUAAGAACAAUGUAAGUGUACCUUCAGAAUCUGAUUUAAAACUAUUCAGAGAACAAGCUCUUUGUAUUAUAUGAAAAUAUCUUUGUUUCGAAUAUUAUAUGGAGAAAGAAGUUAUUACCUAUAGGAGAAGUACGAAAAUUUAUGGUAAAAUCUUACAUAUAGAGUGUUAUGACUGUUUAUCGUGGUAAAAGUUAUUCUAUUCUAUUAGAAAUCGUUGAAUUCAAACUCUCGAGUUUCGUUCGAAUUGUUCGUUUUAAACAACUCUCUCCUAAACUAUCCACAUAGUCAUACAAACUUAGACUAAGCAUAUAAGCUUGAGUUAAGUUAUGCUUAAAAAUGUCCCGGUUUGUAUUUUCCGUUUUGUUUACUUUUAUAUUGCUUUCAUGUGUACAAUAGAGUAAAAUAGAAUAAUUAUCAAUAUCAGUCUGUCUUUAUCGUGACAUUCCAUUGUUCGAGUAGGUGUAAUAUUUCUUAACAGGGCUACACGAAUGUACUGAAUAUAUUUGCGUUCCUAUUCGGUUCGACGAGUAAUGAUGUUAUAUCCAAAAUAUCUUGCGCGAUUAACAGACGCGCGUACUUCGGCCGAUACUGCCACUAUUACAACAGGAAACAGAUUUUACUUAAUAAAAAAGGAUGGUAAUACGUCAAAAUUUAAUGAUAUUGUAUUCACUGGGCGAUGAAACAAAUUUUUAUCAUUACAUUUUUAAAUCGGAAGUCCUAAACAAAAGCUGAUUGUACAUUGUUGUCUUUCGAGUGUUUGUAUGAUAAUUAUCUAUAAUGAAUA